CGCACCCCGCCGCGCCCCCCGCCGCCCGCGCCCCCUCUGGCGCACCGCGCCCAGCGCGCGCCCCACGCGCUGCGACUUCUACUGCGCCCCGAGCCCGGGUAUGCGAAUGUAAGCGUGUACGACAACGACACGGUGGCCGGCGUGGAGACGGGCGCGCCCCCGCGCUGGCGGCCGCUGUACGUGCAGCGCCAGGACAGCGAGCAGGAGGGCGAGGCGGGGGGCGCGCACUGGUGGUGGCGCGGCUGCCGGCGCCACGCGCGCGCCUCGCAGACGCUGGAGUUCAACUCGCGGCGCGGCGCGCCCUCCUCCAGCCCCGACUCCAGCGGCGAGGACGACUGAGCGCCCGAAUCUCUAUAUUAGUCUAUAUCACUCACGUUAUUUUUCUAUUGAUAGACUGGUUACCUCUGUAGAUAGUUUUCGUCAUUCGAUGUACCUAGCUAUAGGAAUUUAAGUUAAAUAAAAAUAAAUUUAUCUUUCAUUUCAUUUUAUUAUUAUUGUAGUUUUUCACGAGCUGGCCUCAGUGUGAUGUAAUCAUGUAACCUGUGACUACGGACUGCUGGCAACACUGACGGUGCCGAACAAAAGAUAAAGAAAUCAUCCAACUGGUGGUUUGAUUUCAAUUUUAAUUUAUAUAGUGGCUACAGAAAUACAUAAUAUCUCAACUGAUUCAUGAGGUACUGGCACGGAUCAGCCUGGUAACAGAAGGACAAGUCUUGGUCUAGGGUACCGAAGGCAAAUAUAUUUUUUUGUUAAACCUA